CGCGCCCCUCCGGCCCCCCAAGGCCGCGGGGAGCCCGGCCAUGGGCGUUCGGCUGCCCCGUGCCGUGCUGGUACCUGCGGGAGGGCGCCCCGAGGAAAGUCCCUUCUUCCCAUGAGCAGCGCCCGCUCCCGGCGCUGGCGCUCGCCAUGGACACUAUGAAAACCACCUACAUCGUGCUGGAGCUCAUCAUCGCCGUGCUCUCCAUCGCUGGCAACGUGCUGGUCUGCUGGGCUGUGGCCAUCAACAGCACCUUGAAGAACGCCACCAACUAUUUCUUGGUGUCGCUGGCCGUGGCCGAUAUCGCCGUGGGGUUGUUGGCCAUCCCUUUCGCCAUCACCAUCAGCAUCGGCUUCCAGGUGGAUUUUCACAGCUGCCUCUUCUUCGCCUGUUUCGUGCUGGUGCUGACCCAAAGCUCCAUUUUCAGCCUGCUGGCCGUGGCCAUCGACAGGUACCUGGCUAUUAAGAUCCCACUGAGGUACAACAGCCUGGUGACGGGCACGCGGGCCAGGGGACUCAUCGCAGUGCUGUGGCUGCUGUCCUUUGGGAUUGGACUGACCCCUCUGAUGGGCUGGAACAAAGCCAUGAGCGGCUGUCCCAACGCCACCAACGAGACAGGCACGGAGCCCCACGGCUGCUUCAUCUCGUGCCUCUUUGAGAACGUGGUGACCAUGAGCUACAUGGUCUACUUCAACUUCUUCGGCUGCGUGCUGCUCCCGCUCCUCAUCAUGCUGGGGAUCUACAUCAAGAUCUUCAUGGUGGCCUGCAAGCAGCUGCACCAGAUGGAGCUCAUGGGCAACUCCAGGACCACCCUGCAGAAGGAGGUCCAUGCAGCCAAGUCUCUGGCCAUCAUCGUGGGGCUUUUUGCCUUCUGCUGGCUGCCCCUGCACAUCUUGAACUGCAUCACCCACUUCCACGAGGACUUCUCCAGAUCCAAGCCCGAGUGGGUGAUGUACGUGGCCAUCAUCCUGUCCCACGCCAACUCCGUCAUCAACCCCAUCAUCUACGCCUACAGGAUCCGGGAUUUCCGCUGCACCUUCCGCAAGAUCCUCUCCAAGAUCCUCUGCAAGGCCGACGAGCUCCCCAAGUGUCCCUCAGAGCACAACCAGCACCUGACUGUCAUCAGCAUCAGCUCGCCCGCGGCCUCGGUCACCGUGUGACCCAGCCCGGCCCUGGCACUGCCCCUGGGGUGCCAGCAGUGCCAGCAGUGCUCUGGCAUGAGCGCUGUGCACUCGUGCAGCCGUGGUUUUAUUUUUAUUUUUGUAAUUAACGUGGUGCCUGGCAGAGGAGUGACCCGAGCGGGGACACUGAGUGCCCUCCUCUGCAGCCCCGAGGGUGUGAGAGCUGUGACCCUGUUGUGUUUCCUGUCCAGGUGUUUCCUUUCCAGGCUGGACACUGACUGGGGAAGACUCACCUGCUGGGGGGUGUUUCCCCAAUUGUGCUGCUCAUGUCAAGUCAUAGGAUCUUUAUUUUAAUUAUUAUUAUUAUUUUUUUUUAAUAUUUGGAUUCAUUUAGGAGUAAUAAUAUUGUGUCUGUUUUUUGAGUUGCUCUCUAAGUUCAUAGUUGACAGCACUUUGGUAAUACCCUCAUUAUUCCAUCAAUUGUUUGAUGCAGCUUGUAUUCUCUGAUGGGAAAAAGUCUUACUUAGCCCCA